GUUCCUUAUUAUUCUUUUAUUAUUCCUCGUUAUUCCUUAUUGUUCCUUAUUCCUACGAUACCUUUUAAACUUUAAACCUUACAUUAUUCGUCUCAACUCUCCGUCCUAAGCUUUUCCCAAAUCGAUUCCCGAUCCCUCCUUCGAAUCCCCAAUUUUUUUUUUCUUUUUUAAAUUCCUCGAGGAACGGGGGAACCCAAAAAAAAGUCUUGGCUUUCCUUUCUCAAUUGUUACUUUUCUUUAUAUCCAUCCAUUCCCAUUCUCCGCGAAACCACCCCAAACCUUGUCUAGGUAAUCGAUCAAGCCUCACUUUAUUAGACGAUCGACCGUUAUUCCCGGAUGCGCCACCCGCAGUUUUGGUCUUCAGCCUCAAUUGAAUCCUCUUGGACCUCUUGGAUACCGGAUUGCAGCCAUUGCGGCCAGUGCAGCCGUUGCAACAGCGUACCGCGCCAAAUACGAGAAAAUACACAAGUAAUGCGCAUGUCGUCAUCACAAGUUCCGACGAAUUUGUUGUACGGCAGCGGAGGAUACUCUGGAAAUUCUACCAAUUCCGCUGUGUGCGCAACCUCUGCUCUAUCGCCACUUACAAUACUCACCCCGAACUCGGCGAGUACACUGUAUACCUCGCCCGAUUCGGCAACUCAUCCUUUUUUCGGCCCCAAAUCUGAGCCUGAAGAUGGCGACGGCACGAGUAGCGGAGGUAGCGUCACCGCCGUACCUCCGUUCCCCGAGCCCCUAAAGAAGAAACAGAAACGUAACAAACCGACAUUAUCCUGUUAUGAGUGCGUCGAGCGGAAAACGAAGUGCGAUCGAGGUAGGCCUCAUUGUUUAGCUUGUAUAAAACGACAAACGGAAUGCAAAUAUGCCCACGUGGCAAACCUCCUCGAAGAGACGUCACGGUCGGCUACAAAUGGCCGUAGAAUGACGAAACCACCCAAAAAGAAGGUGACGAUGAGUGGGAUGAAGCCUACCAUUCCAAGCAUUGCAGAUAGAGGUAUUCUCAUCGGUCGGAUAGCAUCUCGUGGGUCCGUCGCACUGUCAACAGGGCUCCUCUCUAACAUAUCUCUAUCCCACCAAACAGCAUCCGAUGUCUUUGGGGUAGGUUCAGAACACCCUUUUACCAACUACUGGACUUGUGAGGGCGGGCUUCCCGAGGUCAUCGGGGUCCUUCCCGACAAGUUGCAGGCCGAUAUCCUCAUCAGCCAAUACUACGAGUGCGUUGAUCCGGUAUACCCCAUAAUCGACCGUCAUACAUUCUAUCUCGAGUACGAGCACUUCUGGUCUCUGAGGGACUCCGAGAAGACCGAUGCCGCCUUCGUUGGCCUGCUCUUCACUAUGAUGGCUUUGGGGACGCAAUUCGUCUUGACGACGAAUCCGAAAGACCGCAAACAGACUGCCGAAUUCUACGCCUCGGCAGGCAAUCAAGCGCUACGCAUGUCUUCCUACUUAAAUACGGCUUCGUUGCGCUCCGUUCAAGCUAUGGUUCUGGUUGGCUAUUUCUUGAUAAAUGACAAUCAUGCGUCAGAUGGUUGGGCAUUUUCAGGCUUAUUAUUGAGACAAGCGUACGCGAUGGGUUUGCAUAGGGACCCAAACAUAGUGGUUCCUGGUGCAAGCGAAUUCGAAAAGCAGCAACGGCGCAAGCUUUGGCAGGCUGUCCUUGUUCAGGACACCUUCUUGACGGUGUUACUCUCACUCCCCCCUAACGCGACGCAUACGGACGUCAAAGUCGAAGACUUCGUCGAUGACGUGUCCGGUUUCGGGGAGUCGAAUCCCAUCGACACGGCGUACAUUCGCGGUUCCUGGAUGCUGGCAAACUUGGUGCAAGAAACAAUAUCUAGCCCGCGUUCGCUUGACGUGCCCAUUUGCUCUACACAGCGGCAGAAAUCCAAGCUUGUCGCCGACUUCCGCGCCGUCUACCGCUCAUUCCCGGACGUGUUUCGCUCGUGGGAUCAGGAGAGCAUAGCACAGCUGGCGUGCACUAAUAAGCGCGUGGUGCGACAAACGCUGUUUCUGAGUAGCAAUUAUUACCAUAACCUCAUGCUCGUACACGCCUCCGAAAGCCCCGAUGUCCCUGUCAACGUGCGUGCUACGCUCGAAGCAGCGCAUGAGGCCAUCACGUGUUUCUUCGUGCUAUGCACGCUGUUCGACCCUGAAGCGAGAGUAUGGUGGGUCUUUCACCAUAGGGCGUUCUUGGAGGCCCUGUGUAUGGGGAGUGUGCUCCGUGAGGUGGGACGGGAUCCGGCGACUGCAGACCAGUUCCUGAGGGAUCCCCUGUUUGCGAGAGCAAGGUCUGAUAUAACGCGGAUGGUUCAGAUCAUGAAGAUGAUGGCCGAUGGCGAGUGGGGCUCGGAUGACGCGAGGACGAGGGUGGCUGUUUUGAGCGAGUUCUUGUAAGAUUAUGAUGGUGGCGGCUUAGGCAGGCAAGGUACGCGUGGAGGUUGGAGGUUGGUUGGGGUGGACUUGUAUAUAAAUUCUAAUGCACAUCACGAUUAUUAUACCAUACGAAGACAGUUUUUACUUGGCGAUAAUCGGGGCCUGUUGACACUCAUCACAUACUACAUACAUACGUUAGAAACGUUGCGCACUAGUAUUAGUUACGAAGCGCAUCUACGCGUCCUUAACAGAACAUGCUAAU